UUUUUAAAAAUGAAGAAGAAUAUAUAGGUUAAAUUUAAGUUUCCUUAUUCGGUGUUCGAAAAAUAUAAAUAUACACGAAAUAGCUGCGAUAAUGAACAUGUAAAAUUUAAUAAACCAUGAAAAGUAUUCACAUUUCAAACGAAAAUGGAAUCAGGUACUUUUGAAACGUUGAAAUCAAUAUCUGUAUGUUUGUUACUAUCAGUGAUUUAUGUUGGGAGUUUGCUAAUAUGGAACAGCCCUUACAGCAGAGAUCAUCCGUCGACAAUCAAAAAGAGGUUUAUAAGCGCGUUUUUAAUGCUUUUUAUAUCGCCUUGCUUCCUGUACAUGGGAUUAACUGAUGAAACCCUCGAGAAACAGACGUUUCUGGAGAUACUAGGACUGAGAACUCAAGGGUUAUGCCAAGCCAUUUUCAUGCCAUUAUUUCUAACCAUAAUAUUAUUUCUGGGACCUAUUUCCAUGGAAUUAUACAGCGGCUUAUCAAAGCUUUACGUUGAAGAGACUUAUUGGUAUUCCAAUUUGACCAACUUGAUAUGGCUUCGGAAUCACAUAGUGGCACCGGUUUCCGAAGAAUUCACUUACAGGAGUUGCAUGCUGCCUCUACUGUUGCAGUGCUUCAGCCCCCAAACGGCUAUACUGAGCUCCCCGUUGUUCUUUGGAGUGGCUCACUUUCACCACAUGUGGGACAGGAUACAUCACAUGCGCAUGAGUUUCGAAUUGGCUCUGAAGAUAUCCUGUUUUCAAUUUCUUUAUACAACACUAUUCGGUGCGUACUCCGCCUAUUUGUUCUACAGAACCGGCCACUUCGUUUCCAUAAUGAUCGUCCACGCCUUCUGCAAUCACAUGGGAUUCCCUGCGAUCGGUGAAAUUACUACUUAUAAAGGCUGGAGGAAAUUUCUAGUGAUCAGUUCCUUUUUCAUCGGUUUCGGUUUGUGGUGCUUUUUAUUGAAACCUUUAACCGAACCUAGUUGGUAUCACCAUCAAGUAUGAUAGUUGAAUUAAUAACUG